CGCUGCGCCUUCCAGCCUCUCAUAGGGCCAUUUCAUUCCAAUGCCUUUGACCGCUCUGACAAGAUGCUUGCUCUACACGCGAUAUUAGGAACAGCUAUAUUGCUGUUCUCCCAUACGACGCGGUCUGCAUGGGCACUCUCCCCGUCUCAUCCAAACUCUCAGCUCGUCUUCGACCUGGCACAGGAGUUUCAAGUCCAACUCAACGGUUCAGAAGCGGUCGGGCUCAAGUUUACUUCCGCCAAGGUUUCUGAUGGCACGCAUUCUGCUUCACUGAAGUCGGUACCAACGACAGUCUAUCGACCGCGAUCAUUCGAUGCUGUGGAGAACGCUCGCAAGAGGUCUCUAUACGGGCAGGAGUGCGAGUCUGUAGAAUGGGUCCAGACUGAAGUAUCCGCUCCUGAUGUCACAGAUAGAUAUACGCUAGCUCAGCUCGGACGUAUGACAGCGAAUGCGUACAAGCUUCCAGCUGACAAGAAGUGGUACCCCCUUGAUCCCUAUUGGAACACCAAUGCGAGCUUUCCCUUUGGCUGGGAGGAUGACCAGGAUGGCUUUCGUGGCCAUGUAUUCCGAUCGCGUGACGAAUCGACAGUCGUUUUAUCAAUCAAGGGAACGACGAUACAAGGAGUUACUUCAGACAAAGACAAGUUCAACGACAACUUACUAUUCUCAUGCUGCUGUGCGCGGGUGGACUUCACGUGGACGUUCUCUACGGUUUGCGACUGCUUUUCAUGGUCGCCUCUGCAUUUACGUUGCGACGAUACGUGCCUGACAAAGGCAUUGGUUCAGGACAGCCUUUUCUACUCAGUAGGCGUUGACCUCAUCAGAGACCUUUUGUUCCUCUAUCCGACAUCCGACAUCUGGCUGGUUGGGCACUCACUCGGAGGUGCACUCGCCUCCCUCCUUGGGUCUACGUUUGGUCUUCCGGCAGUCGCCUUUGAAGCUCCAGGCGAACGAUUAGCCGCCAAGCGACUGCAUCUACCUCUUCCUCCUUCCCUAGGGAAUGGCACCCUUCCCCAUGUGCCAAUUACCCACGUAUACCAUAAUGCAGACCCGAUCCCUCAGGGUACAUGCUCUGGACUCGCAUCCAUUUGUGCUCAGGCUGGGUACGCGCUAGAGACUCGGUGUCACCUGGGUAAGAGCAUCGUGUAUGACACUGUAGGGAGGCUGGGGUGGCACGCCGACGUUACGAGGCACCCAAUCAAGGAGGUUGUCUUCAAGGUGCUCGAAGAUGAGGGUCCAUGGCCCGAUGGCGAAAAUGGGGAAGCUGAAGUUCCGACGGCGCGCGGGGAAGAAGAUUGCAUAGAUUGUUACAAGUGGGAGUUUGGAGACUUUAAGAAGGACAAGGGCCUUGGGAAUCUAUCAUAACGUAGCCUAUC